AUGAUCGUGUUACUCAUUGCUGCAGUUGUAGCUUUGGCUUAUAUUUUUUACCGGAUAAAUAAAAAAGAUGACACAUUUUGGAAACACAUCUUAGCAAUUCCGGGACCCAAGUCGUAUCCUAUUUUUGGAACGGAGAUCCAUUUUGACUCUGCAGAGGACGUUUUUAAAAGAGACAGGCAACUGGCCAAGAUGUAUCACCCAAUAUAUCAACGACAUAGCUUGCCUAUUGCGGUUGUUAAUCUAAUAGCUCCAGAAGACAUUGAGCUCAUACUCAAUAAUUCAAAACAUAUAGAAAAAAGUGCUUUCUACGAUUUCCUUCACAGUUGGCUUGGAAAUGGACUAUUAACCAGCAAAGGUGCAAAUUGGCAUAAAAGGAGGAAAAUUUUAACACCAGCGUUUCACUUUAACAUUUUGCAGGAGUUUGUUGAUAUUUUUAACAAAGAAGUUAACCAUUUAGUAGAUGUCUUUAAAACAAAGUGUGAUCAACCCAUUGACCUUAUCAAACCAAUCACGGAAUUUACUUUGUAUUCUAUUGGUGAAACUUCCCUUGGUAAAGACCUUCGUGAAGAGCCCAGUUGUGACGAGUAUAAACAAGCUGUGUAUGAGUAUGGAGAAAAUUUCGUAUAUAGAAUGGUCAGGCCAUGGCUAUUUAUGGAUACGUUCUUUAACAUGACUAAAGUAGGAAAAAGAAAUCAGGAAAUAGUAAAAGUUUUACAUGAUUUUUCCAAUGGAAUUAUCGCUGAGAGAUAUAAGCUGUUUAAAAAAGACGGAACUAUGAGUUAUUCUGAGAGAAAAAGACUGGCCUUACUGGAUUUGAUGAUUAAAGCAAAAUAUAAUGGUGCCGACAUUGAUGAUGUCGGUAUUAGAGAAGAAGUGGAUACGUUUAUUUUAGGCGGUCAUGAUACCACAUCCAUUUCUUUAUGUCAUACUUUGAUGAUUUUAGCAAACAACCCGGACAUUCAGGAGGAAAUGUAUCAAGAGGCAAUCGCAGUAGUGGAAAACCCUAAAAAUCCCACUUACACCGAAUUGGGAGAACUGAAAUACAUUGAAAGAUGCAUAAAAGAAAGCUUAAGGUUGUAUCCCAGCGCUCCCACGAUUUCUAGAGUAGCUGGAGAAGAGGUACAUACCAAAACUGGAUACACAAUUCCAAAAUCUGCCGUUGUCACCAUUUGUAUAUAUGAUACCCAUCACAGUCCGCAUUAUUACGAAAAUCCAGAAAAGUUUGACCCUGACCGAUUUUUGCCGGAGAAUAUUGCCUCACGACAUCCUUACGCUUACAUUCCUUUCAGUGCUGGAAGUCGAAACUGUAUAGGACAAAAAUAUGCAAUGUUGGAGCUGAAAGCUGCUCUGUGUGGAAUACUUUGCAAUUUCAAAUUGGAACCAGUUACAAAACCUUCAGAGAUUAUCCAUAAGGCUGAUAUAGUAUUAAGACCGUCUAAUGAAAUAAAAGUUAAAUUUGUACUAAGAACGCAAAAGAAAUAG